UCCUGCCCACUCGGUAGUGAGCGCCCCGUGGGCCGGAGCCGCGGGUGGGGCGGCCGCUCAGGGACUGCAGCGGUGCUCAGUGCCGAUUCCGGUCCUGCUGCUGCCGCCAUGAGGAGCCGGAGCAACUCGGGCGUGCGUCUGGACGGCUACGGGCGCCUGGUGCAGCAGACCAUCCUCCGCCACCAGGACGCGGUGACGGGGCUGCUCCCCGCCAGCGCCGACCACCAGGACGCCUGGGUCCGGGACAACGUGUACAGCGUCCUGGCGGUGUGGGGUCUUGGCCUGGCGUACCGCAAGAAUGCCGACCGCGACGAGGACAAAGCAAAGGCCUACGAGCUAGAGCAGAGCGUGGUGAAGCUGAUGCGGGGGCUGCUCCAGUGCAUGAUGAGACAGGUGGAGAAAGUAGAGGCCUUCAAGUACAGUCAGAGCACCAGGGACUGCCUGCAUGCCAAGUAUAACACCCAUACCUGUGCCACGGUGGUAGGAGACCAAGAAUGGGGUCAUCUACAGAUGGAUGCUACCUCCCUCUACCUCCUCAUGCUUGCACAAAUGACGGCCUCAGGCCUCCACAUAAUUCACAGCUUGGAUGAAGUCAACUUUAUCCAGAACCUUGUAUUCUACAUUGAAGCUGCCUACAAAACUGCGGACUUUGGCAUAUGGGAGCGUGGGGACAAGACAAACCAGGGCAUCACCGAGUUGAAUGCCAGUUCUGUCGGCAUGGCCAAGGCUGCCCUGGAGGCACUGGAUGAGCUGGACCUCUUUGGAGCCAAGGGAGGCCCACAGUCAGUGAUACGGGUGCUGUCAGAUGAGGUGCAACACUGCCAGUCCAUCCUCCACUCAAUGCUGCCCAGGGCCUCCACAUCCAAGGAGGUGGAUGCCAGUGUGCUCUCUGUCAUCUCCUACCCGGCAUUUGCUGUGGAGGACAGUGAGCUGGUGGAAAUCACCAAGCAGGAGAUUAUCACCAAGCUGCAGGGGCGCUAUGGCUGCUGCCGCUUCCUCCGGGAUGGAUACAGGACUCCCAAAGAGGACCCCAAACGCCUCUACUAUGAACCUGCUGAGCUGAAGCUGUUUGAGAACAUUGAGUGUGAGUGGCCUCUCUUCUGGGCAUACUUGAUGAUUGACGGGAUUUUCACUGGAAACAUGGAGCAGGUGCAGGAGUACCGGGAAGCCCUUGAGGGGGUUCUCAUCAAGGGCAAGAAUGGGGUACCUCUGCUGCCAGAGCUGUACAGUGUCCCACCAGAUAAGGUGGAUGAAGAAUACAGGAAUCCACAUACAGUGGACAGGAUACCCAUGGGCAAGCUGCCACACAUGUGGGGACAGUCCCUCUACAUACUGGGUUGUCUGAUGGCCGAGGGGUUUCUAGCUCCUGGUGAAAUAGAUCCUCUCAACCGCCGUUUCACAACUGUCCCUAAACCUGAUGUGGUGGUCCAAGUGUGUAUCCUGGCUGAAACAGAGGGGAUCAAGGCAAUCCUGCAGAAGGAAGGCAUUGAUGUGGAGACUGUGGUGGACGUCUACCCCAUCAGAGUGCAGCCUGCUCGCAUCCUCAGCCACAUCUAUGCCCGGCUGGGCCGCAACAAGCAGAUGUGCCUUACUGGACGGCCCUACCGGCAUAUGGGUGUCCUUGGGACCUCCAAGCUCUACAAAAUCAGGAAGAGCAUCUUUACCUUUACCCCACAGUUCAUAGACCAGCAGCAGUUCUACCUGGCUCUUGACAACAAAAUGAUUGUGGAGAUGCUGAGGACAGACCUCUCCUACCUCUGCAGCCGCUGGAGGAUGACUGGGCGACCAACCAUCACUUUCCCCAUCUCUCACACUAUGCUCGAUGAAACCAGCAGCAGUGUGCAUCCCACGGUGCUAGCGAUGCUGCAGAAGCUGCAGGAUGGGUAUUUCGGUGGUGCAAGAAUUCAGACUGGUAAAUUGUCGGAGUUCCUGACAACGUCAUGCCGAACACACCUCAGCUUUAUGGACCCUGGGCCAGAGGAGGACACUGAUGAUGAGGUUGCUCAGUAUCUGGAUCACCUGCUGCAGCACACGACUCCCCAGUCAAACCUGCCUCCCACCACCCAGCGGGGAGGGCUGAGCCGCUUCAGGGCUGCUGUCCACACCACCCGUGACCUCAUAUCCCUGGCAUCCAAGGCUAAGGACCUGCAUGUCCAGAAUGUUGGGAUGUAUGUCCCCGUCAGGAUCUUCCAGGCAUCACAGCAGUCGGUCAAGCUGCUGAGUUCACCCCAUCAGCAUGACUUGGACAGCAAGAGCCAUGCACUCUACACAGAGAUGAACUUGCCACGUGGUGAGGAUGGCAAUGUGGACUGCAAGGCACUGGUGGACCAGCUGCGCAUCUGCCCCUCGCUGCAGGAGCAAGCAGACAUCCUUUACAUGCUCCACAUCCUCAAGGGACCUGAGUGGCACACGGGGCUUGAUAGCGAGCCUGGCCCCACCGUCAAGGAGCUCCUCACUGAGUUGUAUGUGCGGGUGGGGGAGACACGCCAGUGGGCCCUCAUCCGCUACAUCUCUGGCAUCCUCAAGAAAAAGGUUGAAGCUCUGGAUGAGGCCUGUACUGACCUCCUGUCCCACCAGAAACACUUGACGGUGGGGCUGCCCCCAGAGCCACGUGAGAAAACAAUCUCCAUCCCGAUCCCCUAUGAGGAGCUCGUUCGCCUUAUUGAUGAAGCCAGUGAGAAGAACCUCAGUGUGUCCAUCCUCACCCAGGAGAUCAUGGUGUACUUGGCCAUGUACAUACGCACACAGCCUGCACUGUUUGCUGAGAUGUUCCGCAUCCGCAUUGGGCUCAUCAUCCAGGUGAUGGCAACAGAGCUGGCACACUCUCUGCGUUGUUCAGCUGGAGAAGCCACGGAAAACCUGAUGAAUCUCAGCCCAUCAGACAUGAAAAGCCUUCUCUACCACAUCCUCUCUGGCAAGGAGUUUGGGGUGGAAAAGAGCGUGCGUUCAGUGGACUCAUCGCUCACGACUGCUGUCUCCAUCUGUGACAUGGGAGCUGUCGGGACCGCCAGGUCUGAGCGCACUGGCCUCGUCAGGCUGAAAAGUGAAAUCAAACAGCAAUUGGAUAAACGUAGGCAGUCUCUGCCUGGGAGUAAGUCUGCUGGGCACACAGAGCUGCUGGGAAAGGACUCACUUUCAAGCAUGCUAGAAGACCAGGACAGUGCGGACACCCGGCAGGGCCAGUGGCAGCGGAGGCGCCGGCUGGAUGGGGCCCUUAACCGAGUCCCUGUGGGCUUCUACCAGAAGGUCUGGAAGGUCCUGCAGAAGUGCCAUGGCCUCUCUGUGGAGGGCUUUGUUCUUCCCUCCUCAACAACCAGAGAGAUGACCCCAGGAGAAAUGAAGUUUGCUGUGCAUGUGGAGUCUGUCCUCAACCGUGUGCCCCAGCCAGAGUACAGGCAGCUGCUGGUGGAAACUAUCUUAGUGCUCACCAUGCUGGUGGACAUGGAGGUGCACACCAUUGGUGGCAUCAUAGCUGUGGAAAAGAUCUUGCAUAUAGCCAAUGACCUCUUCUAUGAGGAGCAGAAAGCCCUGGGCGCUGAUGAGCACAUGCUGGAGAGGGAUCCGUCGACAGGCAUCUGCAGCUUGCUGUAUGACAGUGCACCGAGCGGCCGGUUUGGCACCAUGACCUACCUGUCCAAGUCAGCGGCCUUGUACGUGUACGACUUUCUGCCCACAGAUGGCUGCUCCAUGCAGUAGCUCUUGCAGUUCCUCGUUGGGUUGUAGGUGCUCUGGGAUGGUUGUUUCAUGCAGCUUGUAAAGAUGAACACUAGGUUAGUUUGCAAGGCAGCCUGUGUGGCCAUCUCUCCUCCCAGCCCUGGCCUCUUGGUGGGUGAACAGCCUUCUGAGGAACUCCAGAGAAGGCAUGUAUCCUAAACUGACCUGUGCCUGUGUGUCCUGCAGAGCAAGAGAAGGGCUGAUCUUUGAAGUGUGCUUGUGUUAGAGGGUUCUGUCUGCAUGACUCCUCCUGAACCAUUACCCCCAGAAUUCUGAGGGAGUUGGAAAGGGUUCCCCUGACCAGACCUGUGUGCUCAGCAUUACAGUGCUCUCUGACCAGUUCACACUCUCCCUGCCUCCAGCAGGUUUGCAGUUAAAAACUGCUUUUUAUUCCAAAUCUGCAGGAUUUAUGCUAGUGUAGGCUGAGGCUCUUGCUCUUCCUGCUGCUGAUGGAAAAGUUUUGCUAGAGGAAUAGGGGAUGGUGCCUGAGCCUUUCUCCCAGCACAUCCAAAUCACGAUGAUCCAGCCUCGGACACAGCUGUGCUACUUGCAAGCUGGCAGCCCAUCAUCACCUGCUGGGUGUCCUGUCCAGCAGAGCUGCAGAGGUUGUGGUACCCAGGAUCCCUUUGCUCCCAAGAUGCUAGUACAGGGCUUCUGGCUGGCUGGGACAUGCCAGUGGCCGCCCCUCUGUGCCAUUUACUCUAUCCCUGGCAGUGGUGCUAGUGGCCAAGUCACAGCUUCCUGAGUUCUUGUGCCCUGUGAAGCAGCUCUGAGCUGGCUAUUUGGUGUUACCCAUGCAAUCAAAACCAUGUUGUAAUGUUUAUCUCUGGCUUCUGCCCCAUCUACCCCAGGCUUGCACAGAGAGGGGUGGGGACACAGUGGAUCCUUGCUGUAAUCUGUCCUGCAGGUCAGCCCCAACUCAGGAUGGUGCAGUUGGACUGGUGAGGAUCAGGCACACAUGCCACAAAGUGGUGGAGGAAGUGGGGGUCCCUUUUGGCUCCCUGGUUCACCUCCCUAAGACUUCAGGUGUGUUCCAGUACAUGCAGCACAUUGAGCAACAGGCCAAGAACCCACACUCGCACCCUCUGACCUUGCAAUGUCCCACAGCUUGUAACAAGCCGGCCUGAUAUCAUCUAUGUCCCCCUCCAAGACUUGUUUACAGCUCUCAGUAAGCAAAGCUCUGAGCAAAGACCCUCUUCCUCUUUGGGAAAGGUCAAUCCCAUCUAAGAGCAGCAUGCCUUGUUAAAAAAUUAUUUAAAAACCUGAAAUUGUGCCAGUGACAUCAGCCACCAAGCCAUACAUUCAACAGGCUGAGUCCAUCUCUUUCAAUGUCACUGCCCACAACUGGAAGGACAGAGG